GGAACAGCCAGGGCUCCAGCGCGAACAGCCUCGGGGCGGCGACCGGCUCGGUGGGGACGUCGGGCAGGGCGUCGACGAAGCACUCGUACGACAGCAACCCGUCCCACAGGGCCUCCUUCUUCGUCGCGAGCGGGGCGUACGUUCCCAGGGCCAGGGCCCCGGCGCUCCGGAGGUCGGGGGGCAGCCUCGACGUGAUCCUCUGCGAGCGCCGCCCGUGGACCGCGGUGGCCCAGCAGGCCGCCCUAGCCGUCGUAGAGCAGAAGACGUUCGACCUCGUGAUGGGCGCGCUCAUCGUCCUGAACGCGGUGCUCAUGGGCGUCCAGGCCGACUUUGCCGCUCGGGCGGUGCGAGAGGGAGCUGAGGAGCCGCCAUUUUUACGGGUGAUGGCCCAGUGCUUUGCCGCGAUCUUCGUCUUGGAGCUGGCCCUGCGCCUUCUGGGGUACGGCGUCGGCUUCUUCUUCAUGAGUGGCUGCUCCUGGAACUACUUCGACCUGAUUGUGGUCACCCUCCAGGUGUUCGAGGAGGUCACGGCCAUCAUGGCCCACAGCAGCCAGUCAACUGGCUUCAGUUUCUUGCGGAUCCUGCGGGUCCUGCGUCUGCUGCGCGUCCUGAGACUGGUGAGGGUUCUGAGCACGAUCCAGAAACUGCGGACUUUGGUCAACUCGAUCGGGAAGACAAUUCCCGCACUGCUGUGGACGAUGGUCCUCCUCAUGCUGAUGAUCUAUACUGCGAGUAUCUGCUUCACGCAGGUAGUCGCCGACCUCGCGGAGGGCGAUCCAGGUUCUGUGGCAGUGGGCACGGCCGCCCACGAGUACUACGGAUCGGUGCUCGGCUCGAUGAUGUCCCUUUACCAGGCCAUCACCGGCGGCCUGAAUUGGCGCACCAUGUCGGACUCUCUCCUCGCCCAGGACUCUCCGCUGAUGGCGCUGCUUCUGUGCCUCUACGUGUCUUUUGCCGUCCUGGCCAUGCUGAACGUGAUUCUUCUCGCUUCGCGGGGUGCGCGCCUGGACGGCGCAGAGCAUGGGCGUUUGGAGCCUCUAGUGAGCUUUUUGCAAGCUUCUCGGGUGUCGCACUCGACCUGCCCACCGCUCACGUGUUUCAUUGUAAAUCCAGAAGGGGGGUUGAAAGGGAAAUGAUAUCACACGCCUUGCUCUCCCAAUUUCGUCAUCAGCAAACGCAGCGCACGUCAAUUAUUCAUUUCGUUUGAAGUGCGCUGAUCGUCAAAUGUGCGUUUCGGUCAUCAAUCAGUAUAUCGCACUUCAACCCUUUUGCUUGUUUAAAAAAUGGGGUCGGCGGAUUACUGGCGUUUUCGUGGACGCCGCUCUGAGGAGCUGCAGCCAAGAGGACAAGCAGGAUCUUGUCAACAUGCUUGUUGAUCUGGUGGCCAGCAUCAACCGUGAUGAUCGCAGCGAAAUCAGCCUUGAACAGUUCAGGGACAAACUGGCGUCGCCACUCGUCCAGUCUUAUUUCAAGGAAUUGAACCUUACUACCCAUGAGGCGGAGGCACUCUUUGACUUGCUGGACUUUGAUAAAACUGGUACGAUUGACCCGGAACAGUUUAUUAUGGGUUGCAUUCGAAUCCACGGAAGUGCGAAAGCAAUCGAUUUGGUAACCUUGAUGUCGGAAGUGCACUCGCUGCAUCGUCGCUGGGAAGUGCAUGCGGCGUAUGUUGAGAAAGAAUUGCAAUCGUUGAGCGGUUGUCGGUCCGCAUUUUCUUUGUCAUGUGAAUCGUCAGAGGCAGAUUCUUCAGAACUGCCUAAGGCAGAUCCUUCAGAUCUGCCCGAGGUGGGUCCUUCAUAGGCGCGAGAGAUUUGCUGUUAGAGCUGAUUGCCGAGAACGGCAUGCGAUCUUCCCUCAUUCCCCCCACAACGGUGCAACAUCUCAUUGUUUGGUGUCCACGUUGGCGACCCGAUUCUUCCAUGCUUCAUAUUUGUGCUGAUUGUUUUUCCAUUUUGUAAUUUCUCUAAUUGUGUGCAUUGCCAUGCGCUAUGGCGCCCACCUGCGACGCCGUCGCUCGCGACAGCUGCCGAACCAUACACUAGGGCGUGAGUAUCUGGCAGCCAGAUUUGCGCCUCUGGUCGCAUAGUUUGUGCAUACAUGUGUUCUGGCACUUCGCAUCUCGCCCACAGUGCCCCCCACUAAUAAUACUCACCCUCCACUCCCGCUCCAACACCUCCACUUCACGAGGCGGCUCCCGUAUGUGGUUCUACUGCGCCCGCGUUCGUGUCGGGCCAAAGCUGGUGAUCAUCGCUGCGUUGCACCGGUGUAGACAUCUGAUGCGCUGCCAGGGCUGCAAUGUGGCAGUCCUGAGCGCUUGAACGGGCAGAAGGACCCUCUGUCUGGCAGUGCGAAGGGACAGAAGCGCCUGCCCCCUCCCUAUCCCCUAUCCCUCCCCUCCUGGUGGCGGCAGGUUUGGGGGUCGCAGUACCUGGCGCGGGUGAAGGGCGGGGGCCGUCCCCCGUGCCUCUCCCCAUGCGCGCGGUGCUGGCCACUCCAGACAGUCUCCCCUCUCCCCCUUGCCCUGGCCUCCUCUCGAACGAGAAUGAACACAUGAGCGCAU